AUGUGUGAUGUUUGUUCGGAGUUUUCACAGCUUUUGGUGAAUUGUGAGGCUAGAUUGACCGACGAUGUAUCUCAAUACCCAACAAUAAGUCAAUCUGAACUAGAGAUUGUGUUGAACUACAUACUAUCAUGGCCACAAAGGCAAUGUAUGUGCUGCUACAGAGAUGCAAAAAAUUUUGAGAGAUUUUACUUAGUAGUGCAGAGUAUACUUUGCUUAUCAGUUUGCCAACUGAAGCAACUUAAAGAUGAAUUAAUAGAAGCAGCUAAAACUAUACCUAUUGAUGAUGCUAUUGAAACAUCCAAACCCCUUGAUGCUACAACAAUAGAGAAGGAAAAUGAUGAAAAGGAUGAUCACAAGGAAACUGAACCAGAACCAGAAUCAACAGACAACAAUGAUUUGGAAUCAAAAACUCCAGAAACAGAUGAUAAAAAUAUUGAGAGUUUCUCAUCAUCCAAUGAUGAUACAGAAGUGUGGCCAUUACAGCAAAAGGAGAAACUUUUGCAUAUUGUGUCAAAGAUAUUUUUACUCAAUUUCCCUCUUUACCUAGCCUGUAAACAUUCCGCAUUAAGCCGUUUAGAUGAUCUUUCAGCUCAAGAAAUAUCAAACUUAAGUUCAUAUUGUGAUCUUCAUGAUACAGAGAUUCCAGCAUACCUUUUACGCAAUGUAAGCUUAUUUUGCAAGCUUGGAGGUGUAUGUGCAAUGACUUCAGUUUUUGAACAAUCAACACCUAGCUCUUUGUCAUUAUCCAUGGCUCAUGCUAUAGUGGCAGCUGUGGGGAACCUGAAACUUUGGCUGAAUUUUAGAGCUGUUGCACAGUUGUUUAUGCCAUUGAGAAGCAAAAUACUGCAAUAUAUGUGUAGUCUGGAGGACAAAGACCUUAGGGUACCUGCAGUCAAAUCCAUGGCAGAUUUUAUGUGGGGAGCAGCAAAGGAACCUCUAGAUGCACCACUAGCUUUUGAUGCUGAUGGUCUUACUCUGGCAUUCAAAUAUUUCAACAGCAGUACACUCACUAUGAGGCUAGCUGGAGUAGCACAGAUUAAUGCUCACAUAGCAGCUCACAAUGAGCUCUGUGCGGGAGAACCUGCAGCUGAAGCAGAACUGGCUGGUCAGCAAUUGGCAACUUGGUUGACAAAUAAUAAUAUCAUUGAACAUCUUUUUGGACCUAAUUUACAUGUUGAGGUGAUAAAACAGUCACACAUGAUUCUUAAAUUCUUGGCUGUGGAAGGGCGCGUAACUCCCGAGCAUGUAGAGCUGGUGUGGGCAGCAGCACAAUUGAAGCAUUGUGGGCGUCAAGUGUAUGAUCUUCUACCAGGCUUCAUUAGAGCUUUAGCUCCAAAACCUUGUGCGCAUCUGUAUAGUUUACUCUGUGGAUUGCCACCCAAAGAACACACUGAACAGAGCUUAUACCUGGCGUCUGCGUUGAUGCGCGCGAUGUGGUCGCGCGGCGGCGCGGGCGGCAUGGGUCCGCUGACGACGCCGCCGCCGCUGCCCGACGAGCCGCCGCUGCGACAGUCGCAGUCCACCUGCAAGCCGCACCACAACUCCUCCUCGGAGGCCAGCGUCAGCAUGGACCAGACCAACUCUGAUGACGACCCGUGUGAAGAACUUAGCACCUCGGGUGAAGAGGCUGGACCGACACCCCGUAAACAAAGCAAACAUCAACGUGAACUCACAGCUGAACAAGAGUGGCUCCGGGAAGGAGAAGAGCUCUCUAAAAAGGAAUGUUCAUCACUCAAAUCUUGCCAAAAACGCAAUAAGCGAGCGGGUAGCAGCGGCAGUGCCAGUAGCGGGGCCGAGGAACUGUUGCGGCCUCGGAAAAAGAAACUUUACAAGAAGCGACACAAGACCAGCAAGACGAGGCAUUUCCUAGCGACGCAACUGAAGUCUGUGGACCUGGCAGAGUCUGUGUCGGAGGUGGAGGAGGAGUCGUCUGGUAGUGAUACGGCUCACUGCCAGCUGCUUUGUGAUAACGUCGAUGCUAGAAGGUUAAUGGAGUUGCGACUGCUCGAGAGUUACAAGAGGCGGAGCGGCGACGGCGAAGAGGAGGAAGGCAGUGCGUCCUCCGCUAUCUCCCCUCACUCGCACCCGCACCUCGGAGAUCUCGAUGAAGACGAUUCCGCUUGCGAGGAGGAACUAGCAAGAUUGGCAGCACAGGCGCAGUGCCUGUCGGAGUACCCGUCGCUGGCGGCGGGGCGGCCGCCGUCGCCCGCCGCGCCGGCGCCGUGCUUCGCGGGCGACGUGUGCCGCCCCGGACACACGCUGCUCUGGGACCUGCUGCAGGACGGCGCCAUCGAACAAUUAGGAGAAGGUUUAGCGCUAGAGGCGGAGAAAGCACUGUGCGCCUUACUGUGCUUCAGUACUGACAAAUUUAUACGUAUAAAAUUCAUUGAAGGCUGUCUCGAUAAUCUCGCUAAUCACAGAUCUGUGGCAGUGUCGCUUCGACUGCUGCCGAAGCUAUUUUCAUCUUUUCAACAACUUCGUGGCAUGGACAUGCAUCAGGUGGUGAUGUGGGCGGAGCGCGAGCGUGGCAUGAUGCGGCUGUUCCUGGAGGACCUGCGCCACUACUCGGUGCAGGCGGCGGCCGCGGGCACGCGCAGCGAGCACGCGCACUACGCGCACAUCACCGAGCUCACCGUACGCUUACACUUCCUCACCGCCAUCUUCUCGCCCGUCGGCUCGCCGCAGCACUUCAGGCUAACAGUGGAUCAAGUGGAGGAGUUAUGGCAGUGUCUGGUGGUACGCGGCAGUGGCGAGUGUGCGGACUGCCUCUACUCAUGGUUACUUUCGCACACGAAAUCACCCGAACAGCACGCACUUGGACUGGAUGCAUUACGGUUCUUAUACGUUGAGAAAAUGCCUACUUUAGACCCUGAGACGAUAAGCAUAAUGGGGCUAAGCCUGUACCAGCAACUGUGUAACCUGGCGCGCAUGGCGCUGGGCGCGGGCGAUGUUCGUGAUUCGCCGCAUCCGCACGCGCUUGCUAUGGACCACCUGUGGAAGAUCGCACUCAGGGCUAACAGCACUGAUGUUUCGAUGGGCGCAAUCCAGUACCUGAAUAGUUAUUAUAUGGGACAGCAGCUGCAACAAGAAGAUGAUUUCGUUUCUAAGUGUAUGUUCCAUCUGUCUUCCGCUGCCGAGAGACUCAUAACGAAAGAGCAGGAUGAGGAUGGUUCUAUAGCUCCAGACAAAAAUAAUGAAGAUGAGCCGAAAGAUACAGAAAAGACCUCAGAUAAACAGAAUAUUUAUGAGCAUAUGACUGAGGAGGCAGCUUUACAGUGUAUACAGAGAGCACUUCUAUUGCUGAAAACACACUUAGAUACAUUUAAAAGAAGGUACGCGUACCACCUGCGGCGGUGGGCGCUGGCGGAGUCGGGCGCGUGGGAGGGCGCGGCGGCGGCGGGCGGCGCGGGCGGCGCGGGCGGCGCGGGCGGCGCGGGCGCGGUGCGGCUCACGCUGCAGCCGGCCGGCGCCGGCCCGCGCGCCACGCUCACGCUGCACCACGCCGACCUCGUGGCGCACCUGCGCGCGCACGUGCACGUCUGGUGGGAGAAGCAGAUACAAGGCGAAGAUGGUGUUACGGCUUUGUCAACAGACGGUCCUCUUCGUAUGAUAACGCAAGGUCAAGAACUUACAAUUGACUACGAUGAACGGACCCUAUAUGACAUGGGGUUUAAAGACAAUCAGCUGGUGUUCGUGUCGGUGGGCGUGGGCGGGCGCGGCGCGUGGGCGGAGUGGCCGUCCGCGCAGCCGGCGCCGGCGCGCGCUCGGCUGCCCACGCUGCUGCUGCUCGACCCCACCUACUUCCACCACCUCUUCACGCUCAUGCAGGCGCUAGGACGCAUGAAGGAGCCCGGCGCCAACGGGGAACCUGUAGCACAUACCAAAGCUCAACUUCUAUCACGGCGAGUGUGGGAUAUCCUUCAAGCGGUACCACUAAAUCCUGCACUUUUAGAAGCUUUUCAGAACCCAACAGAAAGCCAAUUACCAGAACUGCUCGAUCCGACCAGUCCGCAAAAACUUAUGUAUUCCUUACACAUCAUUGACAAAUUGAGUUCAAUUAAUAAUAGUUCAAAUGUCAAAGAACCGUCAAACAGUAUCGAGAAGAAUGAGGACGACAAACUGGCGGUGGAAAAUUGGAAUGAAUUGUUUAUAAAAAAGGGCGGGUUGAGGUUGCUGUACGACAUAAUGAUGUCUGGUGUUUUACAAAGGAGCGAUGAUAGCGAGUGGAGGCAGGACUGCCUCGCACUACUGCUGCAGUUGCUUUGUCGUAUCGGCACUCUGCCGUCGUUGGAUCCUGCACAAACGCCCAAACUGCAUCCGGCAUUAUUAUCUCUAAUGAGCGUGGAAGAGACGACAGAGCGGUUAAUAUCGAUACUCUGUGAAGCGGCUGCACUCAAGGAGCCCACUACCUAUAAAACUGGAUUUUGGGGCCGUGCACAGGUGGUGCAGCACGCGAUGCGGCUGUGCGUGUGGUGGGCGCGCGGCGGCGGCGACGCUGUCGCGCUCUCGUGGUCGCUGCGCCGCGCCGCGCCGCGCCUGCUGCUCGACGACGCCGACCCCGCGGUGCGUCGCGAGGCGGGCAGCGCGCUGUACCGGCUGUGCGCGGGCGGCGAGGCGGCGGUGCUGGCGCCGCUGCUGCAGCUGCUGCUCGAGCACCUGCCGCGCGCCGCAGACAUGCGCCCGCACCCACCGCACCACCACCAUCACCACCACGAGGUGGUUCAUCACCAUGCAGAAGAGGGUAAAGAGCCAUACGGGCCAGCGUGUCGUGAUUAUUUUUGGCUAGUUUGCAGACUGAUAGAUGGUUUGCCGGAGGAUUUUUUUAAAGAAGGUGCUACAUCGGAAGACAGCGGGGCCCCAGACUUAAAUGAACUGUGCGAACAAAUUCGAGCAGCGUUAGAAAAACGGGAAAUUAUCGAGCGACGCACCGAACCGUGCUCUCCGGAUGAUGGCCUUUAUGGACAGUUGAGUUUAAUAACUCACCUGCUCAAACACCCACUUAGGUUUAAAACAUCCGAGCAGGGCACUAGGACUUUGGAAAUGGUAUUCGGAUUUUUAUUCGAUGUUCCGAAUCCAGAGAAACGUAAUCUGCCAAAGUGCAAAUCGCAGAAAUCUCGCGCAGCCGCUUAUGAUUUACUAGUAGAAUUGGUGCGCGGCGCACCUGACAAUUAUAUGAUAUUGCACCAUAAGUUAAUGGAACACCAUAAACCAGGCGGCUCAUCUGUGUACCCGUGGGACUAUUGGCCGGCGGAGGAGUCUCGCUCAGAGUGCGGUUACGUGGGGCUGACUAACUUGGGCGCGACCUGCUAUAUGGCAUCGUGCAUGCAGCAUCUGUAUAUGAUGCCACAAGCUCGUGCCGCUGUACUUCAAGCGGACGUAGCCGCCAGCCGACACGCACCCACGCUGCACGAGAUGCAGCGGAUGUUCGCCUACCUCUUGGAAAGCGAAAGAAAAGCCUACAACCCACGGAGUUUCUGCAAAGUAUACCAAAUGGAUCAUCAACCCCUGAACACCGGUGAACAAAAAGACAUGGCGGAGUUUUUUAUAGACCUCGUUUCAAAACUUGAAGAGAUGACACCAGAGCUCAAGACACUUGUAAAAACUUUAUUUUGCGGUGUUUUGAGUAAUAAUGUAGUUUCAUUGGACUGUCCGCACGUGUCCCGCACGCUGGAAGAGUUCUACACGGUACGAUGCCAGGUAGCCGACAUGCGCAAUCUCCACCAGAGUCUCGACGAGGUCACCGUUAAGGAUACGCUCGAGGGCGAUAACUGCUAUACCUGUUCACAGUGCGCCGCCAAAGUGCGCGCAGAGAAACGGGCGUGUUUCAAGAAGCUACCACGCAUUUUAUGUUUCAACACGAUGCGGUAUACAUUCAACAUGCUCACCAUGUUGAAAGAGAAAGUAAAUACACAUUUCUCGUUUCCAAUGCGGCUCGACAUGUCCGGAUAUGUCGAGAAACAUCUUAUGCCAGCACAGUAUCAAGAGGAAAAAAGGAAGUCUAGUGAAGGGAAGAAAGAUGGUGAAGCUAGUCCGAGUACUGAAUCUGAAGAUAACUCGGAAUUUGAAGAACAUUAUGAAUACGAAUUAAUCGGAGUCACAGUACAUACGGGCACAGCGGACGGUGGACAUUACUACUCGUUUAUCCGCGAUCGUGAGCACGACCACCGGGACCGGUGGCUUUUAUUCAACGAUGCUGAGGUUAAACCUUUCGAUCCUGCACACAUUGCAGCUGAAUGCUUUGGAGGCGAGAUGACCAGUAAAACCUACGAUUCAGUAACAGAGAAGUUCAUGGACUUUUCAUUUGAGAAAACAAACAGCGCGUACAUGUUAUUCUAUGAAUUGAGUCCACCACGGAGUCAUCGCGGUUCCGAUUGCGGACAGGAGGAGGCACAGUCGUCAACAGCAGAGGAGUGCGGUUCGAUGGCGAGGGAGGGUCGGUCGGAGGGUACGGAGAGCGGUGAAGGUGCCGAGGGGGUGGAACUGCCACAUGACCUUCUGCAGUGGAUAUGGGAUGACAACAUGCACUUUCUGCACGAUAAAAACAUAUUUCAACACUCAUACUUCACUUUCAUGGGUCAGAUGUGCAGUUCAGUGCCCCAGUCGCUGUUGACGUUACGGCCAGAGAUCACGGAGGUAGCUGCGAGGCUCUCCACUUCGUUCUUUAUCGAAACUUUCAUACAUGCUAAAGAGAAGCCGACGAUGGUGUCGUGGGUGGAGCUCGUGACGAAACAGUUCAACGCCUCCGCGGCUGCUUCAGAGUGGUUCCUCGGACACAUGGCCGACGACACGUGGUGGCCUAUGCAGGUUUUAAUAAAAUGUCCGAAUCAGAUGGUUCGACAGAUGUUUCAACGUCUUUGUAUGCAUGUUAUACAAAGGCUCAGAUCUAGUCAUUGUGCCUUAUACCUUCAGGGUAUGGAGGAUGGUGAGGAUAACAGCAAGUUGGGAGAAGCAAGUUGUGUUACUAGGUUUAUAAGGAUGUUGUUGUCUUUGAUGGAGAAUGGUGCUCGAUCUCAUCUGCGUCACUUGACUGAAUAUUUUAGUCUUCUGUACGAGUUCAGCAAAAUGGGGGAAGAAGAGGGCAAGUUUAUGCUGCGCAUUAACGUCAUUUCUAUGAUGGUCAAUUUUUAUCUGGGACAAAAUUCAAAUGCGGUGGAGUCACCGAUCGAGGAAGCGAGCGGUAGCGGCAGCGGCAGCGGUAGCGGCAGCGGUGCGGCGGAGAGUGCGGGCGACAAGCUGCGGCCCGGCGCGCUCGACAAGAUGGUGGCGCUGGUGGCCGGCCUGCUGGAGCGCUCGCGGGACGCCGCCGGCCUGCUCGCGCUGCACGAGCCCGACGCGCGCGCUCUACUGCACGCCAAGGGUUUCCCUUUCAUCUACCAACAGACCCGUGACUGCCUAAAUUUGCAGCAAACUCGAUCACUCAUAUUCGCGUUGUGCCGGUGGAAUGAACCGCUCGCACAGAAAAUCGUGAACAUGAUAUUUCAAGCCAUCGCUAAACACUCCGAGACGUGCGGCCCGUUUUUUAAGCUACUCACGCUGCUGGUGGAGGGCAGCGGCGGCGGCGCGGGCGCGUCGGGCGGGCUGCCCUGCUUCACGCAGCUCGUGCUCGCGCGCCUCUGGGACGUCGCCGACGUCUGCCCGCACGCGGCGCUCGAGUGGCUCGCACUGCAGGUGCCGCGCAACAAGGCGGCGCACGCGUGGGCGCUGCGCACGGCGGAGCGGUGGGUGGAGGCGCAGCUGCUGGCGGCGGCGGCGGCGCGCGUGCGGGCGGCGGCGGCGCUGCUGCUGGUGGCGCUGGUGCCGUCGCAGCACUUCCGCGCCGGGUACGCGCGCGCGCGCCCCGCCCCCGCGCCGCCGCCCGCACACCUCGCCAAGCUGCCGGACACCGCGCACCACACGCUGCACCAGGUAUAUACGAUGCUGCUUGGUAAAUUAAAAGCAGCGCGCAAGUACGCAGAUAUAGCAGUACACGGCACUAUGAAGUUGACGGCGUACUUCGGUGUCAUGUCGUACUGCGUUGUUAGCAGAGUCGAAAAGCUUAUGUUUGGUCAAUAUUUCAACGACCUCUGGGAUCUGUACCAUCCAGCGAUUUCGGAACCAUCAGUAGCAGUGCACCCUAACAAGCAGGCGGUACUAAGUUUUUGGUAUUCAGUGUCCGCCGACUGCCCAGAGAACGUACAGCUUGCGGUCGCCAACCCACGGCUCAUGAAACAUAUCGCCUUCAAUUAUAUACUAGCGGACCAUGAAGACGGCGAGGUGGUGGCGUACAAUCGUUCCAUGCUGCCGCCGUACUACUCGCUGCUGCGGCUGUGCUGCCGGCGGUCGAACGCGUUCGCGCGGAUGCUUGCCCAGCACCAGAAUUUACACUGGGCCUUCAGGAACAUCGCGCCCCACGCGCAUCUGUAUCCCGCCGCUGCUGAUGAGUUACUUAGGCUAGCGCGUUUCCUGGCUGCACGAGGUGGCAGUAAUAACAGCACAGGGAAUAGUAGCAGCAGUAGUAGCAGUGGCGGCAACGUGGAGUGCGUGGACGGUAGAGAGGCUGCUGCGUUUAGACGGAGUACACUCUCCGCCUAUUUACAAGGUUUAAAUGGUAGGACGUGUUGGACGACGUUAAUAUCGGCAUUUUGUACUUUAGUCGAGAACGAGGAUGAUAGAUUGUAUGUGGUAUACAAUGGCGGACUGCAAAUGACUUUCGAAGCGCUGCACAGCCUGCACGCGGUGUACGUGGAGGGCGGCGGCGGCGGGGGCGGGGGCGGCGCGGGCGCGGUGCGCGCGGAGCUGACGGCGGCGCUGCGGUGGGCGCGCGCGCUGUGCCGCACGCUGCGCCGCCGCCGCGACCACAAGGAGGCGCGCGCGCUGCUGCUCGCCUGCAAGGACUGGCCCGAGUGCGCGCGCCGCCUGCUCACCAUGCUCAACCUGCACCACCGCCUCACGCACCUGCGGGACGCCGCGCUAGGUGUGCUCCGCGAGCUGGUGAUGAUCGGCGGUAGUGCGGCGCUGGGCGCGCUGGUCCCGUUAGCGGCGGGCGCGCAGUGUGCGGCGCGUGGUGCGGCAGUGGGCGCGGGCGGGGCGCGGGGCUCGGCGCGGGCGCGCGCUCACAUGUGCACCGCUCGACACAACUCCGCGCCCUCGCCGCCGCUCGCAGCCUCCGUCUACAGGCCCUACCACAAGUUUAUAGAUACAUGCUGCCGCGUGGCGCGUAGUCAGCGGUGCAUGUCAGACCAGCUGGUGCUGCUGUCGGUGCUGUGCGCGCUCGAAGCUGUCCCGCUGCGGUUCAACUACUUCGCCGCAUUCUGGCGAGACGUCGCCGUCACUCCCGCGGAUACCAAGCUAGAAGAGAUGCUGUUAGAGUGUAGCAUUGUAACAGAAUAUAUGGAUGCGGUGUUACUCGAUGAGCGGGACUCGUUGGAAGACCCUAUCAUAUAUCAAUUUAUGCUACAUUAUUACCCCAAGUUGUACGGGGGCUCCGGCGCGGGUGCGGGCGCGUGCGGGUCGGAGGCGCUGGCGCGUGCGGGUCGGCGCGGCGGCGCGCUGGCGGCGCGGCGUGGAGCCGCGCCGCGGGCCGCGCGCGCCACGCACGCCAUGGCGGCCGCCGCGCGCACCACAUCCUACUUACUAUUAGCUCUGUCCGCGCUGCUCGCAGCCGCGCCGCGGGCCGCGCGCGCGCCGCUGCGGGCCGCCGCCGCCGCGCACCACCGCCUACAACAUUCCAACGAGGACGAAACGUCCGAGCCGGAGACGACGUCGGAGACUGCCGCGGAUGCGGUCCGCUGCCACACGCCCGAGGGCAGCGAGGCGGAGGAGCCGGUGGAGGACAUCGGGGUGGACCUGGAGGACUCGCCCGACGAGGAGGCGGCGGCGGCGGCCCCCGCGCCCGACCUCCGCAGCGCGCUGGCGCUGGCCGCGCAGCAGCUGACGGCCGCCGCCGCCGCCGCCGCCGGCGCCGCGCCCCCCGCCGGGCCCUCGGCGGCGCCCGACUCGCCCGCGCCGCCCGACCUCUCGUAG